GACAAAACUAGUUUCACAGAAAAUCUCUGUUCAGUUGACUCUUGUACACUGACAGAGUACAGAAGGCAGGCUGACGAUCCAGGCUGAGACACUUCAGGGCUAGUUUCUGCAAAUUCUCGAGAUAUCCAGGUUUAGAACUAACAAGUUUGCUGGCUCAGUCCAGUGCUUAAAAGAUGCUGAGACAGAACCUGGGGAACAGGAUUCUGUGUGCGAGUUGCCAACAGAAUUUGUAGAAACUGUAAGACCAAGACCUCAAGGAUCUUCACCGGUAUAUGACUACACGCUGGCUGAAGAAUACAAGGACAAAAAUGUACCAGCUGAGACAUUAAUUGACAUUACAGACAAUAAGCAAAGAUUAGAAAAUCUAUCAAAGAAAGGUUUUUCUGCAAACAUGAGUAACAAAGCGAAAGAGAAGGAAGAGGACAUUGUGGAAAUGCUUGUGACCACAGACAUUGAAAAAGGUGCAAGUGGCUUCAGUGUUAAAGGUGGUAAAAAGGACGGGAUAUUUAUUAAACAUGUUCAGAAAGAGUCACCUGCUGCAAAACGGCUGAGCAUGAGAGAAGGUGAUCAACUUAUCAGUGCUACAAUUUAUUUUGAUAAUGUCAAAUAUGAAGAUGCACUCAAGAUUUUACAGUACUCAGAGCCAUAUAAAAUGCAAUACUGCCUAAAAAGAACAAUACCUGGUACUGCAGAAUCAGUCGAAGUUGAAGGAAAAGGAAUAAAGCCUAAUGCGGGAGCCGAGGAAGACUUUUUUAUGAAACUCUAUGCAAGUAAAUCAAAUACAAGAGGUAUAUCUGAUGAAUGUAAUGCUGAAGAAACACCACUCAUUCAAGAAACCACUCAGAAGGGGAAGACAAAGAAGGCUGAAGUAUCCGAAGCCAGCUUUAUCUGUCCCAAGUUUUCAAGUUUCAAAAAGUCAAAGUCACACAAACUCAACAGGUCUCAAAGCUUAACAGAACCAGAACAACGUGAUCAAUAUGACAUGACCUCAACAUGCACAGAUAUUGAAAACCCUCAAAAAAGGAAAAAAAACAAAAGAAAAAUAAAACUACCACAUAUUGGUACAAGUGAUAUAAACAUGGGGAAACAAGAAACUUCUGAAGAUGUAAAGCAAGACAUUUUGAUGGGAAUCAAGGAUUGUGUUGCUGUGGAACAAGACACAUUGCAAAUAAAUACAGAUAGUACACCACAAAGAUCAAAGGAAACUAUGAUGAUAACUACAAAUCAAAGUGCCCAAAUGCUGGAUAAACAAAGUGAACAAACGGAAUGCGACAAUAUUAGCAUUGAAUCCAAUGUCAAAAUGCCAAAACUGAAAAUAGCUAAAUUUGUGCUUCCAGGACCAAUUCUUACAACACAACAUAUUGCCACCAAAAUACUAGAGGAAAGAGCACAUUCUAAAUCAAUGCCAGGGGAUAUGUCAAAAAAAGAACCUAACAUUACAGAUGUAAAGACAGAUUUUAUGUUACCAUUACCAAAGAAGCAUGAUGAAGAUAUGGACAAGCAAGCAGCAGAUAUUUCUAUUCAAUCAUUUGAAACAGAAAACAAAAAAAAGAAUAAUGAGAGGCAACAGAAAAUAAAGCAAUCAAAAAUCACCAAACCCAAAGAUAAAAUCUCUGGCACUGAAUCCAAGUCUUCUACAAUUGCAAUUGAUGUCAGUCUAAUGAAAUUUGAUGUUUCACAAACAAGCAAAGAUCUUGCUGUGACAACUACAGAGGUAAUAACAGGGCCAAGCACAAUGGAGAGUGAGCAGAUGAGUGGCCUAGAGGAACAAACCAUUAUUCGAAAUGGGAAGACAGGAACAAAGAAACUUGAUGGUGCAAUUUCACUUGACGGUGCCACUAAUCAAGAUAACAUCAGAGAUGGAGGACUCACGGCAAAAGGCCAAGAAUGUGUUACAAGUUCAAAACAGUUUGGAGCAACACCAAUUAAACAAACAAAGAAAGGAAGCAAAAUACAAAAAUCAAAAAGUAAAAAGGCCAACGUUGAAAUUUCACUCGCAAAAACGAAUGUAGAUUUGACAUUAUCAGGAGCGAUAAAACCAGGCAAGUUGCAAGCUGAAUUUCAUGCUGGGGCCAAAGAUGUGGGGGGUCUUGAAGCAAGUCUUAAAAGAACUCAGAUUGAAAAGACAUCAAUAGAUAUUGCACUGCCAAAGGUAGAACUUAAAAGUGAUAUUGAUGCAGACGUGUCAAAGCCUGAACUUGAUUUUGCAGCAGAAGACAUCGCAAUGAACGUCAAAGCUCCCGCAAUAGAUGUAGAUUUAGACUCAGUCGACCAUAAGAUGAAAGGCCAGGACAGUAAAUUAAAAAUGCCAUUAUUUGGAGUUUCUCUUCCCAAAUUAACAGGGCCGAAGUUUGGAAUUUCUGGUCCUGAUAUAAAGGCUCAAAAAAUGAGCAUUGAUGCCAACGUGCCCAAACUUGAUUUUUCUCUUCCAAAAGCUGAUGCAGAUGUGGAAUUAUCAGAUGUAAAACCUGGCGAGUUAGAAGCUGAAAUCCGAGCGAUUACAAUAGAUGUUGAAGGUCCUGAAGCAAGUAUUAAAAUACCAGAGAUUACAAUGCCAUCAAUUGAUCGUGCAUUCCCAAACGUGGAAGGAAAAUUUGAUAUUGAUGCAGGACUGUCGAAGCCUGUUGUAGCACCAGAUCUCUCAAUGGACAUCAAGGCUCCAGAUGCUGGCCUCAAUGCACCAACAACAGAUUUAGUUUUAGACACAGCUGUACUUAAGGUGAAAGGCCAGGACAGUAAGUUCAAAAUACCAUCAAUGAAUAUGCCAUCAUUUGCAGUUACUCUUCCCAAAUUCAAAGGGCCCGAUGUGGAUGUAGGACUGAAAAAAGCAGAUGUGGACAUUUCACUCACAAAGCCUGACAUGAUAGUAAAGGGCAAAAUGCCUGAUGUGGGUGCUCCAGAGUGUGAAAUUGCCAUUGACACGUUGGACGUGGGCAUGAAAGGCAAGGGAGGGAAAAUGAAACUUCCCAAAUUUCAAGGGCCAAAAUUUAAAGGGUCACAGUUUGGAAUUUCUAGUCCUGAUAUAAAGGCUCCAAAAAUGAGCAUUGAUGUCAACCUGCCCAAACUGGAUAUUUCUCUUCCAAAAGCUGAUGCAGAAGUGAAGUUUCCAGAAGGAGAAAUAAAACCAGGCAAGUUGGAAGUUGAAUUCCUUGCUGGUACCGUUGAUGUGGAAGGUCCUGAAGCAAGUAUUAAAAUACCAGAGAUUACAAAGCCAUCAAUGGAUACCACAGUGCCAAAGGUGGAAGGUAAAUUUGAUGCUGAUAAAGGGGUGUUGAAUCCUGAACUUGCUGUUGCAGCACACGAUCUCUCAAUGGACAUCAAUGCUCCAGCUAUUGACAUCCAUGCACCAACAAUAGAUGUAGAUUUAGACUCAACUGACCUGAAGGUGAAAGACCACGACAGAAAGUUCAAAAUGCCAUCAAUGAAAAUGCCAUCAAUGAAAAUGCCAAGAUUUGGAGUUUCUCUUCCUAAAUUCAAAGGUCCAGAUGUUGAUGUAGGACUGAAAAAAACAGAUGUGGACGUUUCACUCACAAUGCCUGACGUGGAAGUAAAGGGUAAAAUUCCUGAUGCGGGUGCUCCAGAGUAUGAAGUUGACAUUGACAUCGAUGACAAGGGAGGGAAAAUGAAACUUCCCAAAGUUAAAGGGCCAAAAUUUGGAAUUUCUGGUCCUGAUAUAAAAGCUCCCAAAAUGGGCAUUGAUGUCAACCUGCCCAAACUUGAUAUUUCUCUUCCAAAAGCUGAUGCAGAAGUUAAGUUACCAGAAGGAGGAAUAAAACCAGGCAAGUUGGAAGUUGAAUGCUCUGCUGGUACUCUCGAUGUGGAACGUCCUGAUGCAAGUAUUAAAAUACCAGAGAUUACAAUGCCAUCAAUAGAGCGUGCAGCGCCAAACGUGGAAGGAAAAUUUGAUAUUGAUGCAGGUCUGUCGAAACCUGAAUUUGAUGUUGCAGCACCAGAUUUCUCAAUGGACAUCAAGGCUCCAGAUACUGGCUUCCGUGCACCAAAGAUAGAUGUGGUGCUGGGCUCAACUGACCUCAAGAUCAAAGGCCAGGACAGUAUGAUCAAGAUGCCAUCAAUGAAAAUGCCAUCAUUAGCAGUAUCCCUUCCCAAAUUCAAAGGUCCAGAUGUGAAUGUUGGACUAGAAAAAACAGACGUGGACAUUUCACUUACCAAGCCUGACGUUGAAGUACAGGGCAAAAUGCCUAAUGUGGGUGCUCUCAAGUGUGAAGUUGCCAUUGACACAUCGGACGUGGACAUGAAAGGCAAGGGAGGGAAAAUGAAACUUCCCAAAUUUCAAGGGCCAAAAUUUGGAAUUUCUGGUCCUGAUAUAAAGGCUCCAAAAAUGAGCAUUGAUGUCAACCUGCCCAAGCUGGAUAUUUCUCUUCCAAAAGCUGAUGCAGAAGUGAAGUUUCCAGAAGGAGAAAUAAAACCAGGCAAGUUGGAAGUUGAAUUCCUUGCUGGCAGCGUUGAUGUGGAAGGUCCUGAAGCAAGUAUUAAAAUACCAGAGAUUACAAAGCCAUCAAUGGAUACCACAGUGCCAAAGGUGGAAGGUAAAUUUGAUGCUGAUAAAGGGGUGUUGAACCCUGAACUUGCUGUUGCAGCACACGAUCUCUCAAUGGACAUCAAUGCUCCAGCUAUUGACAUCCAUGCACCAACAAUAGAUGUAGAUUUAGACUCAACUGACCUGAAGGUGAAAGACCACGACAGAAAGUUCAAAAUGCCAUCAAUGAAAAUGCCAUCAAUGAAAAUGCCAAGAUUUGGAGUUUCUCUUCCUAAAUUCAAAGGUCUAGAUGUUGAUGUAGGACUGAAAAAAAAAAACAGAGUGGACGUUUCACUCACAAUGCCUGACGUGGAAGUAAAGGGUAAAAUUCCUGAUGCGGGUGCUCCAGAGUAUGAAGUUGACAUUGACAUCGAUGACAAGGGAGGGAAAAUGAAACUUCCCAAAGUUAAAGGGCCAAAAUUUGGAAUUUCUGGUCCUGAUAUAAAAGCUCCCAAAAUGGGCAUUGAUGUCAACCUGCCCAAACUUGAUAUUUCUCUUCCAAAAGCUGAUGCAGAAGUUAAGUUACCAGAAGGAGGAAUAAAACCAGGCAAGUUGGAAGUUGAAUGCUCUGCUGGUACUCUCGAUGUGGAACGUCCUGAUGCAAGUAUUAAAAUACCAGAGAUUACAAUGCCAUCAAUAGAGCGUGCAGCGCCAAACGUGGAAGGAAAAUUUGAUAUUGAUGCAGGUCUGUCGAAACCUGAAUUUGAUGUUGCAGCACCAGAUUUCUCAAUGGACAUCAAGGCUCCAGAUACUGGCUUCCGUGCACCAAAGAUAGAUGUGGUGCUGGGCUCAACUGACCUCAAGAUCAAAGGCCAGGACAGUAUGAUCAAGAUGCCAUCAAUGAAAAUGCCAUCAUUAGCAGUAUCCCUUCCCAAAUUCAAAGGUCCAGAUGUGAAUGUUGGACUAGAAAAAACAGACGUGGACAUUUCACUUACCAAGCCUGACGUUGAAGUACAGGGCAAAAUGCCUAAUGUGGGUGCUCUCAAGUGUGAAGUUGCCAUUGACACAUCGGACGUGGACAUGAAAGGCAAGGGAGGGAAAAUGAAACUUCCCAAAUUUCAAGGGCCAAAAUUUGGAAUUUCUGGUCCUGAUAUAAAGGCUCCAAAAAUGAGCAUUGAUGUCAACCUGCCCAAGCUGGAUAUUUCUCUUCCAAAAGCUGAUGCAGAAGUUAAGUUUCCAGAAGGAGAAAUAAAACCAGGCAAGUUGGAAGUUGAAUUCCUUGCUGGCAGCGUUGAUGUGGAAGGUCCUGAAGCAAGUAUUAAAAUACCAGAGAUUACAAAGCCAUCAAUGGAUACCACAGUGCCAAAGGUGGAAGGUAAAUUUGAUGCUGAUAAAGGGGUGUUGAAUCCUGAACUUGCUGUUGCAGCACACGAUCUCUCAAUGGACAUCAAUGCUCCAGCUAUUGACAUCCAUGCACCAACAAUAGAUGUAGAUUUAGACUCAACUGACCUGAAGGUGAAAGACCACGACAGAAAGUUCAAAAUGCCAUCAAUGAAAAUGCCAUCAAUGAAAAUGCCAAGAUUUGGAGUUUCUCUUCCUAAAUUCAAAGGUCCAGAUGUUGAUGUAGGACUGAAAAAAACAGAUGUGGACGUUUCACUCACAAUGCCUGACGUGGAAGUAAAGGGUAAAAUUCCUGAUGCGGGUGCUCCAGAGUAUGAAGUUGACAUUGACAUCGAUGACAAGGGAGGGAAAAUGAAACUUCCCAAAGUUAAAGGGCCAAAAUUUGGAAUUUCUGGUCCUGAUAUAAAAGCUCCCAAAAUGGGCAUUGAUGUCAACCUGCCCAAACUUGAUAUUUCUCUUCCAAAAGCUGAUGCAGAAGUUAAGUUACCAGAAGGAGGAAUAAAACCAGGCAAGUUGGAAGUUGAAUGCUCUGCUGGUACUCUCGAUGUGGAACGUCCUGAUGCAAGUAUUAAAAUACCAGAGAUUACAAUGCCAUCAAUAGAGCGUGCAGCGCCAAACGUGGAAGGAAAAUUUGAUAUUGAUGCAGGUCUGUCGAAACCUGAAUUUGAUGUUGCAGCACCAGAUUUCUCAAUGGACAUCAAGGCUCCAGAUACUGGCUUCCGUGCACCAAAGAUAGAUGUGGUGCUGGGCUCAACUGACCUCAAGAUCAAAGGCCAGGACAGUAUGAUCAAGAUGCCAUCAAUGAAAAUGCCAUCAUUAGCAGUAUCCCUUCCCAAAUUCAAAGGUCCAGAUGUGAAUGUUGGACUAGAAAAAACAGACGUGGACAUUUCACUUACCAAGCCUGACGUUGAAGUACAGGGCAAAAUGCCUAAUGUGGGUGCUCUCAAGUGUGAAGUUGCCAUUGACACAUCGAACGUGGACAUGAAAGGCAAGGGAGGGAAAAUGAAACUUCCCAAAUUUCAAGGGCCAAAAUUUGGAAUUUCUGGUCCUGAUAUAAAGGCUCCAAAAAUGAGCAUUGAUGUCAACCUGCCCAAGCUGGAUAUUUCUCUUCCAAAAGCUGAUGCAGAAGUUAAGUUUCCAGAAGGAGAAAUAAAACCAGGCAAGAUCGAAGUUGAAUUCCUUGCUGGCAGCGUUGAUGUGGAAGGUCCUGAAGCAAGCAUUAAAAUACCAGAGAUUACAAAGCCAUCAAUGGAUACCACAGUGCCAAAGGUGGAAGGUAAAUUUGAUGCUGAUAAAGGGGUGUUGAAUCCUGAACUUGCUGUUGCAGCACACGAUCUCUCAAUGGACAUCAAUGCUCCAGCUAUUGACAUCCAUGCACCAACAAUAGAUGUAGAUUUAGACUCAACUGACCUGAAGGUGAAAGACCACGACAGAAAGUUCAAAAUGCCAUCAAUGAAAAUGCCAUCAAUGAAAAUGCCAAGAUUUGGAGUUUCUCUUCCUAAAUUCAAAGGUCCAGAUGUUGAUGUAGGACUGAAAAAAACAGAUGUGGACGUUUCACUCACAAUGCCUGACGUGGAAGUAAAGGGUAAAAUUCCUGAUGCGGGUGCUCCAGAGUAUGAAGUUGACAUUGACAUCGAUGACAAGGGAGGGAAAAUGAAACUUCCCAAAGUUAAAGGGCCAAAAUUUGGAAUUUCUGGUCCUGAUAUAAAAGCUCCCAAAAUGGGCAUUGAUGUCAACCUGCCCAAACUUGAUAUUUCUCUUCCAAAAGCUGAUGCAGAAGUUAAGUUACCAGAAGGAGGAAUAAAACCAGGCAAGUUGGAAGUUGAAUGCUCUGCUGGUACUCUCGAUGUGGAACGUCCUGAUGCAAGUAUUAAAAUACCAGAGAUUACAAUGCCAUCAAUAGAGCGUGCAGCGCCAAACGUGGAAGGAAAAUUUGAUAUUGAUGCAGGUCUGUCGAAACCUGAAUUUGAUGUUGCAGCACCAGAUUUCUCAAUGGACAUCAAGGCUCCAGAUACUGGCUUCCGUGCACCAAAGAUAGAUGUGGUGCUGGGCUCAACUGACCUCAAGAUCAAAGGCCAGGACAGUAUGAUCAAGAUGCCAUCAAUGAAAAUGCCAUCAUUAGCAGUAUCCCUUCCCAAAUUCAAAGGUCCAGAUGUGAAUGUUGGACUAGAAAAAACAGACGUGGACAUUUCACUUACCAAGCCUGACGUUGAAGUACAGGGCAAAAUGCCUAAUGUGGGUGCUCUCAAGUGUGAAGUUGCCAUUGACACAUCGGACGUGGACAUGAAAGGCAAGGGAGGGAAAAUGAAACUUCCCAAAUUUCAAGGGCCAAAAUUUGGAAUUUCUGGUCCUGAUAUAAAGGCUCCAAAAAUGAGCAUUGAUGUCAACCUGCCCAAGCUGGAUAUUUCUCUUCCAAAAGCUGAUGCAGAAGUUAAGUUUCCAGAAGGAGAAAUAAAACCAGGCAAGUUGGAAGUUGAAUUCCUUGCUGGCAGCGUUGAUGUGGAAGGUCCUGAAGCAAGUAUUAAAAUACCAGAGAUUACAAAGCCAUCAAUGGAUACCACAGUGCCAAAGGUGGAAGGUAAAUUUGAUGCUGAUAAAGGGGUGUUGAAUCCUGAACUUGCUGUUGCAGCACACGAUCUCUCAAUGGACAUCAAUGCUCCAGCUAUUGACAUCCAUGCACCAACAAUAGAUGUAGAUUUAGACUCAACUGACCUGAAGGUGAAAGACCACGACAGAAAGUUCAAAAUGCCAUCAAUGAAAAUGCCAUCAAUGAAAAUGCCAAGAUUUGGAGUUUCUCUUCCUAAAUUCAAAGGUCCAGAUGUUGAUGUAGGACUGAAAAAAACAGAUGUGGACGUUUCACUCACAAUGCCUGACGUGGAAGUAAAGGGUAAAAUUCCUGAUGCGGGUGCUCCAGAGUAUGAAGUUGACAUUGACAUCGAUGACAAGGGAGGGAAAAUGAAACUUCCCAAAGUUAAAGGGCCAAAAUUUGGAAUUUCUGGUCCUGAUAUAAAAGCUCCCAAAAUGGGCAUUGAUGUCAACCUGCCCAAACUUGAUAUUUCUCUUCCAAAAGCUGAUGCAGAAGUUAAGUUACCAGAAGGAGGAAUAAAACCAGGCAAGUUGGAAGUUGAAUGCUCUGCUGGUACUCUCGAUGUGGAACGUCCUGAUGCAAGUAUUAAAAUACCAGAGAUUACAAUGCCAUCAAUAGAGCGUGCAGCGCCAAACGUGGAAGGAAAAUUUGAUAUUGAUGCAGGUCUGUCGAAACCUGAAUUUGAUGUUGCAGCACCAGAUUUCUCAAUGGACAUCAAGGCUCCAGAUACUGGCUUCCGUGCACCAAAGAUAGAUGUGGUGCUGGGCUCAACUGACCUCAAGAUCAAAGGCCAGGACAGUAUGAUCAAGAUGCCAUCAAUGAAAAUGCCAUCAUUAGCAGUAUCCCUUCCCAAAUUCAAAGGUCCAGAUGUGAAUGUUGGACUAGAAAAAACAGACGUGGACAUUUCACUUACCAAGCCUGACGUUGAAGUACAGGGCAAAAUGCCUAAUGUGGGUGCUCUCAAGUGUGAAGUUGCCAUUGACACAUCGGACGUGGACAUGAAAGGCAAGGGAGGGAAAAUGAAACUUCCCAAAUUUCAAGGGCCAAAAUUUGGAAUUUCUGGUCCUGAUAUAAAGGCUCCAAAAAUGAGCAUUGAUGUCAACCUGCCCAAGCUGGAUAUUUCUCUUCCAAAAGCUGAUGCAGAAGUGAAGUUUCCAGAAGGAGAAAUAAAACCAGGCAAGAUCGAAGUUGAAUUCCUUGCUGGCAGCGUUGAUGUGGAAGGUCCUGAAGCAAGUAUUAAAAUACCAGAGAUUACAAAGCCAUCAAUGGAUACCACAGUGCCAAAGGUGGAAGGUAAAUUUGAUGCUGAUAAAGGGGUGUUGAAUCCUGAACUUGCUGUUGCAGCACACGAUCUCUCAAUGGACAUCAAUGCUCCAGCUAUUGACAUCCAUGCACCAACAAUAGAUGUAGAUUUAGACUCAACUGACCUGAAGGUGAAAGACCACGACAGAAAGUUCAAAAUGCCAUCAAUGAAAAUGCCAUCAAUGAAAAUGCCAAGAUUUGGAGUUUCUCUUCCUAAAUUCAAAGGUCCAGAUGUUGAUGUAGGACUGAAAAAAACAGAUGUGGACGUUUCACUCACAAUGCCUGACGUGGAAGUAAAGGGUAAAAUUCCUGAUGCGGGUGCUCCAGAGUAUGAAGUUGACAUUGACAUCGAUGACAAGGGAGGGAAAAUGAAACUUCCCAAAGUUAAAGGGCCAAAAUUUGGAAUUUCUGGUCCUGAUAUAAAAGCUCCCAAAAUGGGCAUUGAUGUCAACCUGCCCAAACUUGAUAUUUCUCUUCCAAAAGCUGAUGCAGAAGUUAAGUUACCAGAAGGAGGAAUAAAACCAGGCAAGUUGGAAGUUGAAUGCUCUGCUGGUACUCUCGAUGUGGAACGUCCUGAUGCAAGUAUUAAAAUACCAGAGAUUACAAUGCCAUCAAUAGAGCGUGCAGCGCCAAACGUGGAAGGAAAAUUUGAUAUUGAUGCAGGUCUGUCGAAACCUGAAUUUGAUGUUGCAGCACCAGAUUUCUCAAUGGACAUCAAGGCUCCAGAUACUGGCUUCCGUGCACCAAAGAUAGAUGUGGUGCUGGGCUCAACUGACCUCAAGAUCAAAGGCCAGGACAGUAUGAUCAAGAUGCCAUCAAUGAAAAUGCCAUCAUUAGCAGUAUCCCUUCCCAAAUUCAAAGGUCCAGAUGUGAAUGUUGGACUAGAAAAAACAGACGUGGACAUUUCACUUACCAAGCCUGACGUUGAAGUACAGGGCAAAAUGCCUAAUGUGGGUGCUCUCAAGUGUGAAGUUGCCAUUGACACAUCGGACGUGGACAUGAAAGGCAAGGGAGGGAAAAUGAAACUUCCCAAAUUUCAAGGGCCAAAAUUUGGAAUUUCUGGUCCUGAUAUAAAGGCUCCAAAAAUGAGCAUUGAUGUCAACCUGCCCAAGCUGGAUAUUUCUCUUCCAAAAGCUGAUGCAGAAGUGAAGUUUCCAGAAGGAGAAAUAAAACCAGGCAAGUUGGAAGUUGAAUUCCUUGCUGGCAGCGUUGAUGUGGAAGGUCCUGAAGCAAGUAUUAAAAUACCAGAGAUUACAAAGCCAUCAAUGGAUACCACAGUGCCAAAGGUGGAAGGUAAAUUUGAUGCUGAUAAAGGGGUGUUGAAUCCUGAACUUGCUGUUGCAGCACACGAUCUCUCAAUGGACAUCAAUGCUCCAGCUAUUGACAUCCAUGCACCAACAAUAGAUGUAGAUUUAGACUCAACUGACCUGAAGGUGAAAGACCACGACAGAAAGUUCAAAAUGCCAUCAAUGAAAAUGCCAUCAAUGAAAAUGCCAAGAUUUGGAGUUUCUCUUCCUAAAUUCAAAGGUCCAGAUGUUGAUGUAGGACUGAAAAAAACAGAUGUGGACGUUUCACUCACAAUGCCUGACGUGGAAGUAAAGGGUAAAAUUCCUGAUGCGGGUGCUCCAGAGUAUGAAGUUGACAUUGACAUCGAUGACAAGGGAGGGAAAAUGAAACUUCCCAAAGUUAAAGGGCCAAAAUUUGGAAUUUCUGGUCCUGAUAUAAAAGCUCCCAAAAUGGGCAUUGAUGUCAACCUGCCCAAACUUGAUAUUUCUCUUCCAAAAGCUGAUGCAGAAGUUAAGUUACCAGAAGGAGGAAUAAAACCAGGCAAGUUGGAAGUUGAAUGCUCUGCUGGUACUCUCGAUGUGGAACGUCCUGAUGCAAGUAUUAAAAUACCAGAGAUUACAAUGCCAUCAAUAGAGCGUGCAGCGCCAAACGUGGAAGGAAAAUUUGAUAUUGAUGCAGGUCUGUCGAAACCUGAAUUUGAUGUUGCAGCACCAGAUUUCUCAAUGGACAUCAAGGCUCCAGAUACUGGCUUCCGUGCACCAAAGAUAGAUGUGGUGCUGGGCUCAACUGACCUCAAGAUCAAAGGCCAGGACAGUAUGAUCAAGAUGCCAUCAAUGAAAAUGCCAUCAUUAGCAGUAUCCCUUCCCAAAUUCAAAGGUCCAGAUGUGAAUGUUGGACUAGAAAAAACAGACGUGGACAUUUCACUUACCAAGCCUGACGUUGAAGUACAGGGCAAAAUGCCUAAUGUGGGUGCUCUCAAGUGUGAAGUUGCCAUUGACACAUCGGACGUGGACAUGAAAGGCAAGGGAGGGAAAAUGAAACUUCCCAAAUUUCAAGGGCCAAAAUUUGGAAUUUCUGGUCCUGAUAUAAAGGCUCCAAAAAUGAGCAUUGAUGUCAACCUGCCCAAGCUGGAUAUUUCUCUUCCAAAAGCUGAUGCAGAAGUGAAGUUUCCAGAAGGAGAAAUAAAACCAGGCAAGUUGGAAGUUGAAUUCCUUGCUGGCAGCGUUGAUGUGGAAGGUCCUGAAGCAAGUAUUAAAAUACCAGAGAUUACAAAGCCAUCAAUGGAUACCACAGUGCCAAAGGUGGAAGGUAAAUUUGAUGCUGAUAAAGGGGUGUUGAAUCCUGAACUUGCUGUUGCAGCACACGAUCUCUCAAUGGACAUCAAUGCUCCAGCUAUUGACAUCCAUGCACCAACAAUAGAUGUAGAUUUAGACUCAACUGACCUGAAGGUGAAAGACCACGACAGAAAGUUCAAAAUGCCAUCAAUGAAAAUGCCAUCAAUGAAAAUGCCAAGAUUUGGAGUUUCUCUUCCUAAAUUCAAAGGUCCAGAUGUUGAUGUAGGACUGAAAAAAACAGAUGUGGACGUUUCACUCACAAUGCCUGACGUGGAAGUAAAGGGUAAAAUUCCUGAUGCGGGUGCUCCAGAGUAUGAAGUUGACAUUGACAUCGAUGACAAGGGAGGGAAAAUGAAACUUCCCAAAGUUAAAGGGCCAAAAUUUGGAAUUUCUGGUCCUGAUAUAAAAGCUCCCAAAAUGGGCAUUGAUGUCAACCUGCCCAAACUUGAUAUUUCUCUUCCAAAAGCUGAUGCAGAAGUUAAGUUACCAGAAGGAGGAAUAAAACCAGGCAAGUUGGAAGUUGAAUGCUCUGCUGGUACUCUCGAUGUGGAACGUCCUGAUGCAAGUAUUAAAAUACCAGAGAUUACAAUGCCAUCAAUAGAGCGUGCAGCGCCAAACGUGGAAGGAAAAUUUGAUAUUGAUGCAGGUCUGUCGAAACCUGAAUUUGAUGUUGCAGCACCAGAUUUCUCAAUGGACAUCAAGGCUCCAGAUACUGGCUUCCGUGCACCAAAGAUAGAUGUGGUGCUGGGCUCAACUGACCUCAAGAUCAAAGGCCAGGACAGUAUGAUCAAGAUGCCAUCAAUGAAAAUGCCAUCAUUAGCAGUAUCCCUUCCCAAAUUCAAAGGUCCAGAUGUGAAUGUUGGACUAGAAAAAACAGACGUGGACAUUUCACUUACCAAGCCUGACGUUGAAGUACAGGGCAAAAUGCCUAAUGUGGGUGCUCUCAAGUGUGAAGUUGCCAUUGACACAUCGGACGUGGACAUGAAAGGCAAGGGAGGGAAAAUGAAACUUCCCAAAUUUCAAGGGCCAAAAUUUGGAAUUUCUGGUCCUGAUAUAAAGGCUCCAAAAAUGAGCAUUGAUGUCAACCUGCCCAAGCUGGAUAUUUCUCUUCCAAAAGCUGAUGCAGAAGUGAAGUUUCCAGAAGGAGAAAUAAAACCAGGCAAGUUUGAAGUUGAAUUCCUUGCUGGUACCGUUGAUGUGGAAGGUCCUGAAGCAAGUAUUAAAAUACCAGAGAUUACAAAGCCAUCAAUGGAUACCACAGUGCCAAAGGUGGAAGGUAAAUUUGAUGCUGAUAAAGGGGUGUUGAAUCCUGAACUUGCUGUUGCAGCACACGAUCUCUCAAUGGACAUCAAUGCUCCAGCUAUUGACAUCCAUGCACCAACAAUAGAUGUAGAUUUAGACUCAACUGACCUGAAGGUGAAAGACCACGACAGAAAGUUCAAAAUGCCAUCAAUGAAAAUGCCAUCAAUGAAAAUGCCAAGAUUUGGAGUUUCUCUUCCUAAAUUCAAAGGUCCAGAUGUUGAUGUAGGACUGAAAAAAACAGAUGUGGACGUUUCACUCACAAUGCCUGACGUGGAAGUAAAGGGUAAAAUUCCUGAUGCGGGUGCUCCAGAGUAUGAAGUUGACAUUGACAUCGAUGACAAGGGAGGGAAAAUGAAACUUCCCAAAGUUAAAGGGCCAAAAUUUGGAAUUUCUGGUCCUGAUAUAAAAGCUCCCAAAAUGGGCAUUGAUGUCAACCUGCCCAAACUUGAUAUUUCUCUUCCAAAAGCUGAUGCAGAAGUUAAGUUACCAGAAGGAGGAAUAAAACCAGGCAAGUUGGAAGUUGAAUGCUCUGCUGGUACUCUCGAUGUGGAACGUCCUGAUGCAAGUAUUAAAAUAUCAGAGAUUACAAUGCCAUCAAUAGAGCGUGCAGCGCCAAACGUGGAAGGAAAAUUUGAUAUUGAUGCAGGUCUGUCGAAACCUGAAUUUGAUGUUGCAGCACCAGAUUUCUCAAUGGACAUCAAGGCUCCAGAUACUGGCUUCCGUGCACCAAAGAUAGAUGUGGUGCUGGGCUCAACUGACCUCAAGAUCAAAGGCCAGGACAGUAUGAUCAAGAUGCCAUCAAUGAAAAUGCCAUCAUUAGCAGUAUCCCUUCCCAAAUUCAAAGGUCCAGAUGUGAAUGUUGGACUAGAAAAAACAGACGUGGACAUUUCACUUACCAAGCCUGACGUUGAAGUACAGGGCAAAAUGCCUAAUGUGGGUGCUCUCAAGUGUGAAGUUGCCAUUGACACAUCGGACGUGGACAUGAAAGGCAAGGGAGGGAAAAUGAAACUUCCCAAAUUUCAAGGGCCAAAAUUUGGAAUUUCUGGUCCUGAUAUAAAGGCUCCAAAAAUGAGCAUUGAUGUCAACCUGCCCAAGCUGGAUAUUUCUCUUCCAAAAGCUGAUGCAGAAGUGAAGUUUCCAGAAGGAGAAAUAAAACCAGGCAAGUUGGAAGUUGAAUUCCUUGCUGGCAGCGUUGAUGUGGAAGGUCCUGAAGCAAGUAUUAAAAUACCAGAGAUUACAAAGCCAUCAAUGGAUACCACAGUGCCAAAGGUGGAAGGUAAAUUUGAUGCUGAUAAAGGGGUGUUGAAUCCUGAACUUGCUGUUGCAGCACACGAUCUCUCAAUGGACAUCAAUGCUCCAGCUAUUGACAUCCAUGCACCAACAAUAGAUGUAGAUUUAGACUCAACUGACCUGAAGGUGAAAGACCACGACAGAAAGUUCAAAAUGCCAUCAAUGAAAAUGCCAUCAAUGAAAAUGCCAAGAUUUGGAGUUUCUCUUCCUAAAUUCAAAGGUCCAGAUGUUGAUGUAGGACUGAAAAAAAAACAGAUGUGGACGUUUCACUCACAAUGCCUGACGUGGAAGUAAAGGAAAAUUCCUGAUGCGGGUGCUCCAGAGUAUGAAGUUGACAUUGACAUCGAUGACAAGGGAGGGAAAAUGAAACUUCCCAAAGUUAAAGGGCCAAAAUUUGGAAUUUCAGGUCCUGAUAUAAAAGCUCCCAAAAUGGGCAUUGAUGUCAACCUGCCCAAACUUGAUAUUUCUCUUCCAAAAGCUGAUGCAGAAGUUAAGUAUACCAGAAGGAGGAAUAAAACCAGGCAAGUUGGAAUAAAAAUACCAGAGAUUACAAUGCCAUCAAUAGAGCGUGCAGCGCCAAACGUGGAAGGAAAAUUUGAUAUUGAUGCAGGUCUGUCGAAACCUGAAUUUGAUGUUGCAGCACCAGAUUUCUCAAUGGACAUCAAGGCUCCAGAUACUGGCUUCCGUGCACCAAAGAUAGAUGUGGUGCUGGGCUCAACUGACCUCAAGAUCAAAGGCCAGGACAGUAUGAUCAAGAUGCCAUCAAUGAAAAUGCCAUCAUUAGCAGUAUCCCUUCCCAAAUUCAAAGGUCCAGAUGUGAAUGUUGGACUAGAAAAAACAGACGUGGACAUUUCACUUACCAAGCCUGACGUUGAAGUACAGGGCAAAAUGCCUAAUGUGGGUGCUCUCAAGUGUGAAGUUGCCAUUGACACAUCGGACGUGGACAUGAAAGGCAAGGGAGGGAAAAUGAAACUUCCCAAAUUUCAAGGGCCAAAAUUUGGAAUUUCUGGUCCUGAUAUAAAGGCUCCAAAAAUGAGCAUUGAUGUCAACCUGCCCAAGCUGGAUAUUUCUCUUCCAAAAGCUGAUGCAGAAGUGAAGUUUCCAGAAGGAGAAAUAAAACCAGGCAAGUUCGAAGUUGAAUUCCUUGCUGGUACCGUUGAUGUGGAAGGUCCUGAAGCAAGUAUUAAAAUACCAGAGAUUACAAAGCCAUCAAUGGAUACCACAGUGCCAAAGGUGGAAGGUAAAUUUGAUGCUGAUAAAGGGGUGUUGAAUCCUGAACUUGCUGUUGCAGCACACGAUCUCUCAAUGGACAUCAAUGCUCCAGCUAUUGACAUCCAUGCACCAACAAUAGAUGUAGAUUUAGACUCAACUGACCUGAAGGUGAAAGACCACGACAGAAAGUUCAAAAUGCCAUCAAUGAAAAUGCCAUCAAUGAAAAUGCCAAGAUUUGGAGUUUCUCUUCCUAAAUUCAAAGGUCCAGAUGUUGAUGUAGGACUGAAAAAAACAGAUGUGGACGUUUCACUCACAAUGCCUGACGUGGAAGUAAAGGGUAAAAUUCCUGAUGCGGGUGCUCCAGAGUAUGAAGUUGACAUUGACAUCGAUGACAAGGGAGGGAAAAUGAAACUUCCCAAAGUUAAAGGGCCAAAAUUUGGAAUUUCUGGUCCUGAUAUAAAAGCUCCCAAAAUGGGCAUUGAUGUCAACCUGCCCAAACUUGAUAUUUCUCUUCCAAAAGCUGAUGCAGAAGUUAGUAUUAAAAUACCAGAAGGAGGAAAAAACCAUCAAUGCAAGUUGGAGUUGCCAAAGCUCUGCUGUAUUUCCCUUCCCAAAUUCAAAGGUCCAGAUGUGGAUGUUGGACUAGAAAAAACGGACGUGGACAUUUCACUCACCAAGCCUGACGUUGAAGUACAGGGCAAAAUGCCUAAUGUGGGUGCUCUCGAGUGUGAAGUUGCCAUUGACACAUCGGACGUGGACAUGAAAGGCAAGGGAGGGAAAAUGAAACUUCCCAAAUUUCAAGGGACAAAAUUUGGAAUUUCUGGUCCUGAUAUAAAGGCUCCAAAAAUGAGCAUUGAUGUCAACCUGCCCAAGCUGGAUAUUUCUCUUCCAAAAGCUGAUGCAGAAGUGAAGUUUCCAGAAGGAGAAAUAAAACCAGGCAAGUUCGAAGUUGAAUUCCUUGCUGGUAUCGUUGAUGUGGAAGGUCCUGAAGCAAGUAUUAAAAUACCAGAGAUUACAAAGCCAUCAAUGGAUACCACAGUGCCAAAGGUGGAAGGUAAAUUUGAUGCUGAUAAAGGGGUGUUGAAUCCUGAACUUGCAGUUGCAGCACACGAUCUCUCAAUGGACAUCAAUGCUCCAGCUAUUGACAUCCAUGCACCACCAAUAGAUGUAGAUUUAGACUCAACUGACCUGAAGGUGAAAGACCACGACAGAAAGUUCAAAAUGCCAUCAAUGAAAAUGCCAUCAAUGAAAAUGCCAAGAUUUGGAGUUUCUCUUCCUAAAUUCAAAGGUCCAGAUGUUGAUGUAGGACUGAAAAAAACAGAUGUGGACGUUUCACUCACAAUGCCUGACGUGGAAGUAAAGGGUAAAAUUCCUGAUGCGGAUGCUCCAGAGUAUGAAGUUGACAUUGACAUCGAUGACAAGGGAGGGAAAAUGAAACUUCCCAAAGUUAAAGGGCCAAAAUUUGGAAUUUCUGGACCUGAUAUAAAAGCUCCCAAAAUGGGCAUUGAUGUCAACCUGCCCAAACUUGAUAUUUCUCUUCCAAAAGCCGAAGGUCCUGAAGCAAGUAUUAAAAUACCAGAGAUCACAAAGCCAUCAAUGGAUACCACAGUGCCAAAGGUGGAUGGUAAAUUUGAUGUUGAGGGCCCAGAAUUAAGUAUUAAAAUACCAGAGAUUUCAAUGCCAUCAAUUGAUCGUGCAUUGCCAAACGUGGAAGGAAAAUUUGAUAUUAAUGCAGCUCUGUCGAAGCCCGAAUUUGAUGUUGCAGCACCAGAUCUCUCAAUGGACAGCAAGGCUCCAGCUAUUGACAUCCAUGCACCAACAAUUGAUGUAGAUUUAGACUCAACUGAUCUGAAGGUGAAAGACCACGACAGUAAGUUCAAAAUGCCAUCAAUGACAAUGCCAUCAAUGACAAUGCCAUCAUUUGGAAUUUCCCUUCCCAAAUUCAAAGCUUCACAUGUGGAUGGAGAACUGAAAAUGCCAGAUGGCGACAUUUCACUCACCAAGCCUGACGUUGAAGUAAAGGGCAAAAUGCCUAAUGUGGGUGCUCUCGAGUGUGAAGUUGCCAUUGACACAUCGGACAAGGACAUGAAAGGCAAGGGACGGAAAAUGAAACUUCCCAAAUUUAAAGGGCCAAAAUUUGGAAUUUCUGGUCCUGAUGUAAAGGCUCCAAAAAUGAGCAUUGAUGUCAACCUGCCCAAGCUGGAUAUUUCUCUUCCAAAAGCUGAUGCAGAAGUGAAGUUUCCAGAAGGAGAAAUAAAACCAGGCAAGUUGGAAGUUGAAUGCUCUUCCGGUACCCUCGAUGUGAAAGGUCCUGAUGCAAGUAUUAAAAUACCAGAGAUUACAAUGCCAUCAACAGAUCAUGCAGUGCCAAACGUGAAAGGAAAAUUUGAUUUUGAUGCAGGUCUGUCAAAGCCUGAACUUGAUGUUGGAGCACAAGAUCUCUCAAUGGAUGUCAAUGCUGCAGCUGCUGGGUUCCAUCCACCACCAAUAGAUGUAGAUUUAGACUCAGCUGACCUUAAGAUGAAAGGUCAUGACAGUAAGUUCAAAAUACCAUUCAUGAAAAUACCAAGAUUUGGAGCUUCUCUUCAUAAAUUCAAAGGUCCAGAUGUGGAUGUUGGACUAGAAAAAACAGACGUGGACAUUUCACUUACCAAGCCUGACGUAGAAGUAAAGGGCAAAAUGCCUAAUGUGGGUGCUCUCAAGUGUGAAGUUGCCAUUGACACAUCGGACGUGGACAUGAAAGGCAAGGGAGGGAAAAUGAAACUUCCCAAAUUUCAAGGGCCAAAAUUUGGAAUUUCUGGUUCUGAUGUAAAGGCUCCAAAAAUGAGCAUUGAUGUCAACCUGCCCAAACUGGAUAUUUCUCUUCCAAAAGCUGAUGCAGAAGUGAAGUUUCCAGAAGGAGAAAUAAAACCAGGCAAGUUGGAAGUUGAAUUCCUUGCUGGUACCGUUGAUGUGGAAGGUCCUGAAGCCAGUAUUAAAAUACCAGAGAUUACAAAGCCAUCAAUGGAUACCACAGUGCCAAAGGUGGAAUGUAAAUUUGAUGUUGAUAAAGGGGUGUUGAAUCCUGAACUUGCUGUUGCAGCACACGAUCUCUCAAUGGACGUCAGUGCUCCAGCUAUUGACAUCCAUGCACCAACAAUAGAUGUAGAUUUAGACUCAACUGACCUGAAGGUGAAAGACCACGACAGAAAGUUCAAAAUGCCAUCAAUGAAAAUGCCAUCAAUGACAAUGCCAUCAUUUGGAAUUUCCCUUCCCAAAUUCAAAGCUUCACAUGUGGGUGGAGAACUGAAACUAGCAGAUGAGGACAUUUCACUCACCAAUCCUGACGUGGAAGUAAAGGACAAAAUGCCUAUUGUGGGUGCUCCAGAGUGUGAAGUUGCCAUUGACACACCGGAUGUGGACAUCAAAGGCAAGGGAGGGAAAAUUAAACUGCCUAAUAUUGAAGGGACAAUUCUGAAAAUGACUGAGUUUGAAAAACCAUCUCUAGAUAUUGCAGUGCCAAACGUGGAAGGAAAAUUUGAGAUUGACACAGGACUGUCGAAGCCUGAACUUGAUGUUGCAGCACAAGAUCUCUCAAUGGAUGUCAAUGCUCCAGCUGUUGGGUUCCAUCCACCAACAAUAGAUGUAGAUUUAGACUCAGCUGACCUUAAGAUGAAAGGCCAUGACAGUAAGUUCAAAAUACCAUUCAUGAAAAUACCAAGAUUUGGAGUUUCUCUUCAUAAAUUGAAAGGUCCAGAUGUGGAUUUUGGACUGAAAAAAACAGAUGUGGACAUUUCACUCACAAUGCCUGACAUGGAAGUAAAGGACAAAAUGCCUGAUGAGGGUGCACCAGAUUGUGAUAUCAAAGGCAAAGAAGGCAAAAUAAAACUUGCCAAAUUUAAAAGGCCAGAUUUUGGAAUUUCUGCUCCAGAUGGAUCUCAAGCUUCUCAAAUGGGUCUUGAUGUCAGUUUGCCCCAAGUUGACAUUUCUCACCCCAAAGCUGAUAUGGAUUUGAAAUUGCAAGAAGCUGAUUUGAAACGGGACAGGUUGGAAGCGGAUUUUGGUGCAAGAAUCAUUCAUGUGGAUGGGCGUGAUGCAUGUCUUGAAAUGCCCAAGAUUGAAAAGCCAUCAAUAGAUUUUGCACUUCCAAAGGUGGUCGUUGAGCUUGAUGUUCAUGCAGAGCAGUCGAAGACUGAACAUGAUUUUGCAGCACCAGAUCUCUCAAUGAACGUCAAGGCUCCACCUACUGGCAUCCAUGCACCAAUAAUAGAUGUAGAUGUUGACUCAACUGACCCGAAGGUUAAAGCUCAUGACACCGACGUAGAUGUGAAAUUACCAGAAGCUGAUAUAAAACCAGGCAAGUUCAAGGCUGAUGUCGAUGCAGGAGGCAUUUCUGUGGAGGGUGUUUAUGCCAAUCUGGAAAGGCCAAAGUUCGAAGUCUCAGAAACAACUGUGGAAGAUGCAACAAAAUUGAGUAUCGAUACUGAUUCAGAUGGCGAUCAUGAUCUGAAACUGCCAGCGGUGAAAGUGUCAACAUUCAAUGUUUCUUUUCCUAAAUUUACAUUUCCAGAUGUGGACUUUGGCAUUACAACAUCAAAGAAAGAGGUUUCAUCCUCACACGAUGCUGAUGCUGCCAAAGUUGUGGCCAAAGAGCCAGAUCCUUCAGUUAAGGAAAAGACAGUUGAAGAUUUGGAUAAAAUUGUUCCUGAAAUGUCCCCAACAGAUGCUCGAUUAACAACAAAAGACAGCUCCAUAUCAAAAGAAAAGACAAGUUGGUUUAAAUUUCCAAAAUUUAGCUUUUCAUCACCAUGGAGAAAAGAGCAUAACACAGAUGGACAGAAACAAGCUUCAAGUGAAAUUACAGUGGUUAGCGCAGAACCAGAUAAACUUUGUUCCGAAACUACUGAAGUGACAAGUCAGGGUCAUGACAAUUUACUUCAUCUGUCUACAAAUAAAGCAGCAGUUUGUGAAGAUGCUGCAAAUAUAGCUGCAGUUAAUGAUUUUGGUCAAAUGGUAGCUAAGUGCAAAAACAUUGAUGUCAUAUCAGCAGAAAUGGAUGCGAAAAAUUCCAGCCAUGUGGUAACAUCAACUGCUAGAACUGAGCUUGCUUUGUUAGAAUCAGAUGAUUCCACUCUAAAUGUAACGUCAUCCAAAGCAAGAAAAAUGCCAUUGCCUGAAGGUUCUCAUCAAGGCCAAGAUCAAACAAAUGAAACUUCAACUGGAAUUUUUCAAACUUCUUUGAUUGAAAGCGAAGUAACAACAUCGUUCAAGGAACAUCAAAAUAUAGACAGUCAAAGAAUUUUUCAAGGCCCUGACUUACCGAUAUACACGAUAUUACCUGAAAAUUUGACGAUAAUAAAUCCUGAGGAACAUUGCACAAGUAUUACAAAGGAAUAUAGGAAUCAAGAACAUGCCGUCAGUGAGCUUUCUGGAUUAGUGAGCGCAACAAAAGAACUUUCUUCAUUCCCAACUGAUUUCCAUUUUACUAGAUCAGAAUGCACUGAAUCUGUUGAAGACCAUCUCUUCUCCAGCAAGUAUACCAAAACUGAAGAAACUGUACAUGUCUUAACUGAGAAUACUAAAGUACAAGAAGCCGCAGUUCCAGAAACAGCUGCUGCUGAAGAAUCAUCUACUGUUUUCCAAAGAAAUAAAGAAAAAAAUCAGAGUGAACAAAAGUAGUUUUUCCCUUAACUGAAACAUCUCAAGCUGCUUCAAUUGCCACUUCUGUAUCCGAAUCUAAAACAACACAGGUUAAAAAUGCAUUGUAGGAUAUGUAUUUCAAUUGUGAUAUGAAGCUUAUACAGUGUACAUUGUAUUCAUCUGCUAUUUUCUGCAUUUAUCCAAAUAUUAACUUGAUUAGUCUAUGUAAAAUAUAUGUUCCACAGAACAAUAAAUAUAUUUCACACAGCAUUCGAUGCUAAAAAAGAAAAUCACAUGUUCACACUAUAAUAGAAUUUGAUAUAACAUCUGAAUCACUUCAGUAAAUUGUAUAUUAUUUUACACAUUUGUGUACAGGUUGUUCCAAACUGUUUUGGCUUAAAUGUAAAAAGGCUUCCUGCUUCCAGAACUUAUUUUAGCACCACAUGUCUGUAUGUUUAUUUUUCGGACUUCAUGUAAUUUGAUCCUUUUAGAAUAGUCAUCUUCAUAGCCAAUGAAUAUCUGUUUGUAAAUAAAAUACCUUCUCGUGAAAAUUUAUGCAUGCAGCUUCCAAAUGCAAUAUUUUUAAAACUAUGAUACCAGAAAGAUUUAAUCAGAUAAACAUCAAAUUCACAAUCAAAUGUUCAUAUUAAACAAUAUGCUUGAAUUAUCUUUCUAAAGAAAAGUAACAGAAAUCUAAAGCAUUGACCUGGAUAAUUAUAUAAGCCAUAUAAUACAUGAAGAAUGGUGAUAAUGAUCAGAAUUAAAAUGUCUUUUAUAUAUAUUUCAUAACAAAAGGCAACAUAUAUCAAACAUUUGCAACUGUGAGAAAAGUUCCUUUGAAUCAUUCAGAAACAAACAUCACACCAAAUGUUGUCUUAUUUCCCAUCUUAAUCCAGAUUGGAUCUCUCUGAGAGACAUUGGCAAUAAGAAUCAAUUUGGAAGCAAUUUUGUGAAGAUUUUCAUCCAGAGGUAUAGAGUCUAUAUCUCUGUAAUAAAAGCCGAGUGCCUAAUCUACUGUACCACCUGCUUUUCACAAUAAUUCUUAAAUGAUUAUAUUGUAUUUCACAUCAUUGAUCAACUUGUAUUAAUUACCAUCACAUAUUAUUUUAAAAGCAUUCAUGCAACGAUUAAUAUCCAAUCAAUAAAAAUGCCUGAGAAAUUAUCUUCAAAGCAGUUAACAGCUAAAUAUCGUCGGAGCUUAGCAAAUAGAAAGCUAAUUUGUUCGUAUACUGAAUAUCCUAAAUACGUUCCAAGAUUUGUGUGAAUAUUUUUGUUGUAAAUAUGAUUAACAGAAAUUUGUAUUCUGAAACAGCUACUGAUUUAUGCUGUGAUUACUUCAAGGUAUUACCAUUUUGAAGUAUUAAUUUUGCAUUGCUAAGUUACCUUAUAGUUAAUGCAUCUGCCAACUUUACAUAUGUAUCAUCAAUAAAUUUGGUGCAGACAUAAAAUUUGAUUUAAAACA